AUGACAUCCUCCGACGUGAUUCCAGCAAUCAGUCCAGCGGUAUAUAUUCCCCGUCUUUCAUUGUUGUGUGCUUUUACAAUUUCAGUCGACAAGUGCGUGGGUGUCAAGUGUCGGAUCGGCUGCAGGAUGGCUCUGGGACGGAAUGAAAGUGACUGGAAGCGUUGUGAAUGACCUGGGCGCCAACACGACUAGGAAUACGGUGUGUGCGACGGCGACGGUGACGGGAGGGAUACUCGGAGGAUGGGGAGGGGGCGCCAUCGGUGAGCAUCCACUAACGUUCUUUUUCUUGAUGUUAUUAAUUCCAGGUGCGGCAGUCGGCACAAUGAUCUGUCCGGGCAUCGGAACGGCAGUCGGGGGUUGGCUCGGCGGAGUGUCGGCCGGACUGGCGGCAGGGAAAGCGACGAUCGUGGUGACGGACCGAGUGCUCGACGGAAUGAACUAUGAUAUCGAGACGAGGAGCUGCGAGAAGUGCGGAAAAGGAUUCCGGUGCAAAGUUUACAAGGAAGGACGGGAAAAGUACUGUUAUCGGUGCAAGUGA